CAUACCACAAUACUGGAAAAUAUAUCAAGCUCCAUAUUGAUACUUUCUAAAUUAUCAGCUUUGCAUUUGUUUCGGCGGAUCCUCUUAUUUACAACAAGUACACGAACAUAACACUUAUAACAAACGUGUGCGUCCUGUAGAACGAAACUAGUACAUACAAAUUAUAACCUUAACAAUAGUAUUUACAUAAUUGGAACACAUAAUACAAUAUACAUGCAAACAUAUUGGGAAAUACUAUUGGCACAAAAAGUAUUUUUUCUUUACGCUUCAGAUGCCACCAGGAGACCUCAAGUCUGGUGUUGCCAUCGUCACAGUGGGGUUGCUCGAGAUCCAAGGCGCAUUCCUAGAACACAGGGUGGCUCUGCAAAAAGCGGCCCGGUUACUCAGCAAACCCAUUGACCUGCACCUUGUGGAGGUCAGAACGGCCGAGCAGCUGCGCCCAGAGAUGGACGCUCUCAUUAUCCCGGGCGGGGAGAGCACAACGAUCAGCAUCUACUUGAAACGGAACAGCAUGGAGGAGCCCUUACGUCACUGGGUUCAGAAUCCCGAUCACGUGACCUGGGGAACAUGCGCGGGCAUGAUUCUGCUGUCAAAGCUAACGGAGAACCAGAAACAAGGCGGUCAGUCAUCGCUCGCUGUUAUGGACAUUGACGUUUCCCGGAAUUACUUCGGUAGACAAGUGCAAAGUUUCGAAGCCGAUGUACGAAUGAGCGACAGUUCACUCAAUAAAGCGUUUAAAAAGGACACAUUUCAGGACACAUUCCCCGGUGUUUUCAUCAGAGCACCGGCAAUAUUGGAACUUCUCAGUGACGAUGUGAAAGUCCUCGCAACCGUAAGUGACCCUAAUACCGGGGCGGAAGUGAUCGUUGCUGCGCAGCAAGACAACAUGAUCUCCACAGCGUUCCAUCCCGAGCUAAGCGAGGACUGUGCAUGGCAUGUGUAUUUCCUGGAACAGAUUGUCAACAAGAAAGCAACGUGAACAUUCUGAUAUGUUUGUCAGUGCUCAUUCGUGUUAUGUUUAAGAUUUAACAUUAUUUAUAUGUAUUUUACCUUUUUUACACGAACAUGCAUUUAUAAUAAAACCGGGCAUAAUGCAUGUGCGUUAAGUGUCAUCCCAGAUUAGCCUGUGAAGUCCGCACAGGCUAAUCAGGGACGACACUUUCCGCUUUUAUGGUAUUUUUUGUUUCGAGGAAGCCCCUCCUUACCGAAAAUCAAGUUUAGGCGGAAAGUGUCGUCCCUUAUUAGCCUGUGCGGACUGCACAGGCUAAUCUGGGAUGACUCUUUACGCACAUGCAUUAUGCGUAGUUUUCUCAGAACGCGACUGAAAUAAUGUUCAGACACACGGUAAUAUUUAUUAUUGUCAUAUCUAUAUCUUAUGACCAACGCGGAGCCAACGUAUAGGGAAGUUGCGACUUCACAAUAGCCAUUACAAUGUUUCAUGCUGUACUAACUAAACAAUUUCUACUAUACAAUUAAACAAUAUAAUGUUUUCAGCGAUAAAUAAUUAUGAAAUUAAAAUACCUUUAAAGUUUUA